ACAUACUCAGCCAAUCCAAGAUCGACGCUCACGGCUUCUCAGGGGAUUAAAGAAUCUUGUGGCCCCCACAGUUUUUUCUUUUUUUUAGCUGAAGAAUUGGAGGAUUGCUCUACUUCACUAUUCAAACAACGGACUAACAUUUCUUUAGUAAUCUGCAGAUUUUCUUGUUUUUCCUCCAGAUUGUAAAAAUAAUCCGGUGUUACUUUUCUAUUAUCAUAAUACAUACCCAUGGAAAGAGGAGAGCAAAAUUGGGAUCAACAAGAAGAGGAGGUAGAAGAAAAUGAGGUUGCUUUGUUAAGAAGAUCAAGUACUUUCAACAAUGGGCAUGCAAAUCGGACAUCAGACAUUGCAAAUAGACCCGAGAAUGAGUCAAUCUUUGUUAACGGGCAAAGAAACGAGGAGCUUAACGGGAUUCUUGAAAAUGAAGCAGAAGCAAAAGAUGGUUUGAAAUCAGAAAAUUCCUUUUACUAUGAUAAAGAUGAAGGUUAAUCCUUCCUCCGAUGCUCGCCCAGUUUCAUUACCUUAUACAACGGACUGCUGGUUUGAACCUCAUUCUGGAGAGCAACUAGUCAAGAAAAAUCCUGCAGACAGAUCAGACUUAUUAGCAGGGAAAUUUUUUGUUCAGAAGAAUUCUGUUUCUAUAGUAAAGGAUCGAUAUGAAGGAGAUCAAGAGUAUGACAACUUGUCAAUUUCAAGUUCUCGGCCAACUGAAAUAUUAUAUCAAGCACAUGACACAACUUAUGAGUCUUCGAAAGAGAUAAAAUGUACUGACAAUUACUUGAUAAAUGCAGACGAUCUGGAAGUUGGGGAUUUAGAUGUUGAUAGAGUACUACGAGAGCAGACAACACAUGAUUUAUAUUGUCCUAAUUGCAAUUCAUGUAUCACCAGAAGGGUUAUUCUUCGCAAAAGAAAACGUACUGUUCGACUUUCUGAUGAGGAGGGUAUACGUAGCAAACUAGGAACUGCAGCCAACUCCAAGUCGGAUGCUCUCUCUGCCCAGGAAACCAGUAAUCAAGGUCAUCCAACAGAUGAUAUUGGUGUAAAUUGUCGUCCAAUGCCAAUAGCAGAUGACCAUGUUCAUGACAGAGGGCCUGAUUUAUUCAGAUGCUUAUCAUGCUUUAGCUUCUUCAUUCCAAUAGGGAAUGGGUUUAAUCUGUUCCGAAUAUUUGGAGAGAAUGGUGCCCAAGAGAAUGUACGGGAUGAGCAAAUACCAAGUAUGAAAAAAAAUUGGUUGGCGUCUAUAUUUGCAUCAAAUAAGAGGGAAACAUCAGGUGAACAAGGAAGUAGUCUUGGAGGUGAUGAACGAAAAAGUGAUAUUGGACUCUUCCCAUCACCCGACCUCGAUUAUCAGAGUGGUAAGUUUUCAUUGAUGCAAAAGGUUCUUCACAACCUCAUGUUUCAGAAGGAAGUGUAAGCACAAUGGGAUCAGUGAGUCUGUGGAAGGCAGAGAAACGAUUCUACCUUCUUCAAAACAAGAGCGUGAAUCCGGAAAUGGGAUAGUUUGUGCAGAAGGCAAAUCAGAUAAUGCAACAACUAAUAAGAAAGAUUCUACAGUUGAAUGGUUUGAAGUAGAUGCCAACAAUCAAAUGAAGGAAUCGAAUUUUACCAUCGAAGUUCAAUAUAAUCAUGAAAGUGGUGCACCAGUAACAAUGCCUUGUAACUGUAUUCAAGUUUCUAUCGAAGAUUCUUCACAGGAUACUACCUCUGAUUCUCAACAAGGUGGAUCGAAGUUACUGAUUUUUUCAAAUGAGAAAACUGUGACUCUUAAGGAAUCAGACAACAGCCAAAUACCCGAUCACACAAUACAAAAAAUAAAGGCAGGAAGUAGUCAUAGCCCAGAUGAAGGGAAAAGUGAUGUUGGACUAAUACCACCAGCUGACCUCCUGGAUUAUCAGAAUGGUAACUCGUCAUUGAUGCAAAAAGGCUCCUCACUAGCUCAGGUUUCUGAAGGACGCAUAAGCACUAACUGGGCCAGUGAGUCUCUGGAAAGUAGAGAUAAGAUUCUACCUUUUCACUUGGAAAAGUAACAAUUGGUGUAGAAAAUAAAUCAGAUAAUCUGAUAACGAAGAAUAAAGGUGCAGAUUGAAAUUGAACUCCUGCUUUUAUAGUCA